AAUGAGUACUUAAUUCCAUCUAUUAGUAGCAGUAUUUAUAAGAUUCAUUAUUCGAGCGUUUAUUGCCUGUUACUUAUAGGAAUAAACGCUAUAGUAAUUAAUUCACUAAAAUUUAUAUUCAACAAGUUACACAAAGGAAGAUUAGUAUAAACUGUCUAUAUUGAUAUUUUAAUUAUCAAACAUAUGUGAUAUUGCUUUUACUUGAGGUUAGAAUGUAUAUGGAUAGCUUAAACGGAAAAACAAGCGAGGAAGAACCAUCGGAAAAAAAUGACGAGUCAGACUUAUUCAUACCAACAAUGGUCAUCAAAUGUCCAAGUAGUUCGAUCAAGAAGACUCAUAUCGAUCCAUCGGAAAAAACAAUAAAAUCUUUAUCUCGUUUGUAUCUGACUUACAGCUGUGUAAAGGUAUGCAACGGCUAUGAGCUUAGCCUAAAGGGAGAACGCGUUUACAAAAAGUUGGGACGAAGAAUAAAUGACCUGGAUUUGCCGAUCAUUUUGAGUCAUGUUGCAAGCGAGGGGGAUAUCUUAUCAUUGGAUCUGGCUAACAACAUGAUCACAGACAGCGGGUUUUAUAUGUUCUGCCAAUUUCUGUUAAAUUCUAAUCUGAAAAACCUCAAUCUACGUAACAACGAGAUCGUUAAUCUCAGCGAAAAAGGAUGCGAAAUGUUAGGAAGAGUCACGUGUCUGAAAAGAUUGACGUUGUCCGGAAACCAUCUUGCCCAAAAGUCAGCAGAAUCCCUCAAGUUGGCCCUUAAAGCCAACAAGUCACUGGAAGUUCUGGAGCUGGAAGGAGUCGACUUCUAUGUCCACUGUGUCAACCGAAUUACAGAUGCUCUGAUCGAAUCCAAAAGCAACCUGAAAGUUUUGAACAUCUCGAGAUUGCUUGGGAUACCUAGAUACAGGCUCCGAAGCUAUUACCUGGCCGACAUGCUGUACGCAUUAUUGGUUGCAAACCCCUGCUUGGUUGAGCUCCACGUUGAGAAGAACGCGAUUACGGACCAUGACCUGAUCAGGUUAGUGGAGGGCUUGAAGCGUAACAGGACUCUUGUCGUCCUCAAUCUCACCGCUAACUUCAUCGGCAACGUAGGCCUCGAGAGGAUCGCCUUGAUACUGCCGAAAUCUAAUUUGCAAGUCCUGUUGUUGAGGAGCAACAAGAUAGGAAACCAAGGGGCCAUCGCGCUGUCCAAGGCGAUGCCAUUGUCCAAGAUACUCCACCUGGACCUCGCUCACAACAGGAUCGAGGACGUAGGCUUCGCCAAUCUUCUAUGGACCAUCAAGAAGCCUACUCCGCUUUAUACGUUCUACAUAGUCGGCAAUAAUUUUACGAAACAGACGCUGGAGAUUAUACACGUGCAAAUGCUACGCGGCAAGAUCAUCCCGGACAGUUUGGACAUCGUCCUCUAUUGGGAAGAAGACGGGUCGAUACGAUGUUCGCACAAUCCUGACGCUGAAGAAUACCGCAAGCAGAUGGCCGGCCUAUUCGACGGCAGCCAUACUCUGAAGAAAAACAACCUUCUAUCCUACCCCAUUAUAAAUGUCUUGGAGCCUUACAACCCCUUGAUAAGUGUCCUAGUCCAUUAUCCAAGCGUAUCCAAUCCAAAGAUACUUUCGCAUUACAAAGAUCACAUUGGUGUGAAGUAAUAUCGGAACCUCGGAAAGCUCUAGGCAUAGUGUUUUAAACCACAACGCAGUUGGUGUCUUAGAAAAUAAAGCUAAGGUGCCAUUAUUAAAGUAAUAUGAC